GCUCCUGUUUCCAAUGCACGUACAGCCCGUACACACCGUGUCUGGGACACCCUACAGUCAGCCACAUGGCUCUCCUGUGCCCCAGCUCCUGGCUCCCUCUGUUGAUCUCAGCCCCUGCCCCGGGCCCCACUGUGCUGCUGUUACUGCUGCUGCUGCUACCUGCCCAUCCCCAGAGCCUAGACCAGAUGCAGGCGACUCCCUCCGUAGGAGCAGAUUCAUCUGGGGAAGAUGAUCCACCGGGCAAGGAGGACCUACCCAGUGAAGAAGAUCCACCUGGAGAGGAGGACCCACCUGAAAUGAAGCCUGAAUCAGGAGAAGACUCUCUGAAGUUAGAGGAUCUCCCUACUGUUGAGGUUCCCAGGGACACUCAAGGUCCCCAGAAUAAUGCCCACAGGAACAACAAAGGGGAUGCCCACAGUCACUGGCGCUACGGAGGCGACCUGCCCUGGCCCCAGAUGUCCCCAGCCUGCGCUGGCCGCUUCCAGUCCCCGGUAGAUAUCCGUCCGGACCGCACCGUUUUUUGCCCCGCCCUGCAACCCGUGGAACUCUUUGGCUUUGAGCUCCCGCCACUCCCACAACUGCGCCUGCGCAAUAAUGGCCACACGGGUGAGGCGGUCCCGGGGCGGAGCCUCAGGGAAGAGCUGACUUUGCCUCCCGGGCUGGAGAUGGCCCUGGGUCCCGGGAGGGAGUACCGGGCCCUGCAGUUACAUCUGCACUGGGGCGCUGCGGAUCGACCCGGCUCGGAGCACACGGUUGGCGGCCACCGUUUCCCUGCCGAGAUCCACGUGGUUCACCUCAGCACUGCAUUUGCCAAAGUUGACGAGGCCUUGGGGCGCCCAGGGGGCCUGGCUGUGUUGGCCGUCUUUCUGCAGGAAGGCCCUGAAGAAAACAGUGCCUAUGAGCAGUUGCUGUCACAUUUGGAAGAAAUUGCUGAGGAAGCACAGGUCCUCUCCACAGACUCAGAGACUUGGGUCCCAGGACUGGAUGUAUCUGCACUGCUGCCUUCCGACCUCAGCCGCUACUUCCGAUAUGAGGGGUCUCUGACCACACCCCCCUGUGCCCAGGGGGUCAUCUGGACUGUGUUCAACCAGACAGUGAGGCUGAGUGCUAAGCAGCUCCACACUCUCUCUGGCUCCCUGUGGGGACCUGAGGACACUCGGCUACAGAUGAACUUUCGAGCCAUGCAGCCUUUGAAUGGGCGGAUAAUUGAGGCCUCCUUCCCUACUGGAGUGGAGCAGACCGUUGAGCCAGUCCGCCUGAAUUCCUGCCUCGCUGCUGGUGACGUCCUGGCCCUGGUGUUUGGCAUCCUCUUUGCUGUCACCAGCAUUGCCUGCCUUGUGCAAAUGAGAAGGCAGCGAAGACACCCAGGUGGGACCAAAGGGGAUAUUAGCUACCACCCAGCAGAGGUCACUGAGAGUGCUGCCUAGAGGCCUGGAACGUGGAGAACAUGAAGAAGCCAGACAGAAGAAUCUGAAAUGGGAGCUGGAGACUUUGUUCUAUCCUGCCCAUGACACUUUUUAACUAACAAAGAUUAAAAUUUUUUUUUUUCUAAUAAAAUGUGUGGAAGGUA